AUGGAUUCAGCGAAAGAUGUAAAUACUAUCACAAAGUAUAUCAUUGUGACUGGGGGGAAUAUGAGCGGGCUGGGAAAAGGAACAGCCAUGAGCAGCAUGGGGGUACUAUUGUUAACGAAAAAUAUUCUACUGACGACGAUAAAAAUAGAUCCGUACUUAAAUAUAGACGCGGGAACGAUGUCUCCAUAUGAACAUGGGGAAGUAUACGUACUGGAAGAUGGUGGAGAAGUGGACUUGGAUUUAGGAAACUACGAGCGCUUUUUAAACAUAAAAUUAUCAUAUAAAAAUAAUAUAACCUCGGGAAAGGUAUACGAAGAAGUUAUAAAAAAAGAAAGGAAAGGAGAAUAUUUGGGAAAGACUGUUCAGGUUGUGCCACACGUAACGGAUGCUAUACAGAAGUGGAUCAAAGGAGUUAUAGAUGACAAUAUAAAGAGAAUGAAAAAAGAAUACAACAUUAGAGCUUCGUCAACACCAAAUACAGUCCCAUGCAUUUGUAUGAUAGAAGUAGGUGGAACAGUUGGAGAUAUUGAAUCGGCUGUUUACCUAGAAGCAUUGCAACAGUUAAUAAAUAAUUUAAAUUCAGAUGAUGUGUGUUUAUGUCAUUUAUCCUACGUACCAAUUAUGGGGACUCUAAGGGAACAAAAAACCAAACCAACACAACAUAGUGUCAAAAUAUUAAGGGAAGCUGGAUUGAAACCAGACUUCAUAUUUUGUAGAUGUGAAGAACCCUUAACAGAGGAAGCCAUUCAAAAAAUUUCUCUCUUCUCGCAAGUGAAAAAUGAGCAUGUCAUAUCUUUACAUGACACAUCCAAUGUGUAUAAAGUUCCCCUAAUACUGGAGCAACAAAGUUUCUCUGCCAAUGUUCUAAAAAAACUCAAUUUGCAAGAUACGGUCUUGAAAAAUAAAUUACAAAUAAGUCCAUACUCAUUCAGUACCUGGAAACAGCUAUCAGAUAGAUACGAAUCUUCAAACGAAUGUGUUGUCAUUGGCAUUGUGGGAAAAUACACAGCUUCGAAUGACACAUAUUUGUCUAUCAUUUCUUCCCUCGUCCAUGCGUGUAUAGAAUGCGGAUUCAAGUUAAUUAUCAAAUAUAUCAACAGUAGCCAUUUAUCUUUGAAAAAAAAAAGCAAAAAAAAAAAUAUCGAUCUGAAGAGGAAAGCCAGAAAAUAUUCCUACGAUACAUUUUCCCAAAUCAAUACCACACAGAAACAUCUCUUUGUUGAUGAUACAACUUCGGAUGAAGAUUACGAUAAGAAGAGAAGAAUGAAGUAUGAGCGUGCAUGGGAUAUUCUCCGAUCCGUGGAUGGUAUACUAGUCCCUGGAGGAUUCGGAACCAGAGGUAUUAAGGGAAAGUAUCUCUCAUCCAAAUAUUGCAGACUGAAUAAUGUGCCUUACUUGGGCAUUUGCCUUGGCAUGCAGACAGCCGUCAUCGAUGUUGCUAGGCAAUACCUAAAUAAAUAUGCCAACUCAGAAGAGUUCGAAGAUUUAAUUGAAGUUCACAACAAUUCGCAUGAUAAAAUGAUUAACAAGAAGAAAAGGGAAUAUAACACAUGCGCAACGGACUACUCCGGAAGUGCAAACGAAUUCACCAAAGGACGAGUCCACACGGAUGAUGUUUGUUUCGAAAUGAAAAAGGAAACCCCACACAUUCGCUCCAAUCUGCACGGUGCUAGAAAUGUCUCGCAGAGCAGCUUGCCAUACAACGACGACAACGAUAGUGACUCUCUCGCGCAAAAGAAGCACGCAAUCUCGGCAUGCUCCACAAAUGAAGAAAUGCCCAACAGUAUGGGGUUGGAGGCCAGUGAAGGGGGCGAAAAUGAUCAGAGUGGCACCUAUGGUCCAAAUAGCCAAAUCGGUAACGGGAAAAAAGAGCAUUGCGAGAAGUCCCACACCGAUAUGAUGAACUGUGACUUGUGUUCGCCGCAUGACCAAGGUGAACAUCCCUCUGACGUCGCGCAUCUCUUGGCUACGCAAAAGUACAUUGAGGAUAUCCCCAAAAAAAUAAACGAUCCAGCAUUACAGGAGAAAAUAAAAUUAAUGGGCAUACAGGACUACUACAACAGUAUAGAAGAGAUAGAUAACAACAAUGUUAUCAUCUCCAUGAAUGAAUUCAAAGGCGACGAUAAUAAGGGAGGCACCAUGCGAUUAGGCGUGAAGCAAUCCAAAGUGAUUGACAAAGAUUCCCUCACUUACAAAGCAUAUGAUGAAGCGACGUACAUAUUCGAAAGACAUAGACAUAGGUUUGAAAUAAAUCCAAAAUAUGUUCCACUCUUAGAAUCCGUUGGACUCAGCUUUGUGGCAAAAGAUGUUGACAGUGUCAGAAUGGAGAUCUGUGAAAUGAAGAAGUUAAAUUUUUACGUGGGUGUACAAUUCCACCCCGAAUUUACUUCUCGUCCAUUUAAGGCGAACCCGAUAUUCCUGGCCUUCAUUUUAGCAUCCAAGGGGAAAUUAAAGGAGCGUCUGGACAAGUACGGAAAUAAGUUAUGUUCGGGGAGUCUAUACCGGUAG